AUGGGCUUCCUUACUUCUGAAGGAAUUCAAAGUUCAAUUGCUUCCUGCAAUGCAUCACAGUUCCAAUGCGGAAAUGGGCGCUGUAUACCAUUACUGUGGAAAUGUGAUGGUGAUGAUGACUGUACUGAUGGAAGUGAUGAAGUGGGUUGUUCUCAGGCCACUUGUGGAACUUCUGAUUUUGUAUGCCGCAGUGGCCAUUGUCUGCCAAGCAAAUGGCAAUGUGAUGGUGCACUUGAUUGUGAAGAUGGGUCGGACGAAAGUCCAGAUAUCUGCCACAUGAGAAGAUGUCACCUGAAUGAAAUCAGCUGUGGCCUUGGCACUACUCAGUGUAUUCCUGCUUCCUGGAAAUGUGAUGGUGGAAGGGACUGUGAGAAUGGCAGUGAUGAAGAGAACUGUGGCUCUUUUAAUUGCAGUAUUUUUGAGUUUACUUGUUCCAGUGGCAGAUGCAUUUCCAAGAUAUUUAUCUGCAAUGGUGAAGAUGACUGUGGUGAUGGAAGUGAUGAAAAAGGCUGUGUUCCCCAAUCCUGUGGCCGUCACGAGUUUCAGUGCACUAAUUCUGAAUGCAUCUCCCUGAGUUGGGUCUGUGACAACAAUGUCGAUUGUGCUGACCAUUCUGACGAAUCUCCUGAACGUUGUGGGAAUACUGUUCUUCAUACAACCUGCUCUCCCGGUGACUUUGUAUGUACUUCUGGUGAAUGCAUCAAUCAACAUUUUCACUGUGAUGGAGAUGGUGACUGUAAAGAUGGAAGUGACGAAGUUAAUUGCUCUCCUCGAACAUGUAGACCAGACCGUUUCAGCUGUGGUGAUGGUAGUUGCAUCCCUAGAACCAAAAUAUGUAACGGAAUUACAGACUGUCCUGAUGCUAUCGAUGAAAUUCACUGCGAAAAUGAGUGCAAAAAUCCAAAUGAAUUCAAAUGCCAAAAUGGAGAAUGCAUACCGAUAACUAAACUCUGUAACCACAAAUGGGACUGCAGAGAUCGGAGUGAUGAGCCUUUCGAAUGUCGAAUAAAUGAGUGCUUGGUGAACAAUGGUGGUUGCUCUCAUAUUUGCCGGGAUCUUCCUAUUGAUUUUGAAUGUGAUUGCCCUGCUGGCUUUGAGCUAGUUGAUGAGAGAACCUGUGACGAUAUGAAUGAAUGCCUGAAUUCUGCAUCCUGCAGCCAGAUUUGCAUCAAUUUAAAAGGAAGUUAUAAAUGUGAAUGCCUUGGAGGGUAUCACAUGGAUGCAGCUGAUGGUACAUGCAAGGCUGUAGGCAAAGAGCCUUACUUGAUCUUUACAAACGGCCAUGAUAUUCGCAAGCUUGGAUUGCAUCAUCUCGAGUACACGCAGGUAGCCAUGAGGCUGAGAAAUCCUGUAGCACUAGCCGCUGAUGUUGCAGAGGAAAGAAUAUUCUGGGCUGACUUGACACGUCAGGCCAUUUUCGGCAUGUCCAUGAAUAAAUAUCGGGGAAUUCCUGGUCAUUCUUUACUUGUUAAGAAUUUGAGCAUUCCCACGGGAAUUGCAGUGGAUUGGGUCCACAAGCACAUCUACUGGACUGAUCGCGGUGCUAAAGCAAUAUCUGUGGCUACAAUGGAUGGAUCAAAAUGGAAAACACUUUUUGAUGACAACAUGACAAAACCAGCCUCUGUAGCAGUUGAUCCAUUAUCAGGAUUUAUUUACUGGUCUGAUUGGGGUGAACCAGCAAAGAUAGAGAAAGCAGGAAUGAAUGGUGUUGGUCGACAGAUCUUGGUUGACGUGGACAUUCAGUGCCCAAAAGGCAUUGCACUUGAUACUGUGAAGAGUUGUCUCUAUUGGGUUGACUCCAAGUUGCACACAUUGUCAAGUAUAGGCCUGAAUGGACAGGAUAGAAGAACUGUGCUUUCGUCACCAGAUUUCCUUUCGCGACCUUACCGCAUUGCAGUAUUUGAGGAUCGUAUUUUCUGGUCCGAUGAAGACACUGAAACUAUCUAUGGAGCUAACAAGUUCACAGGAGCAGAUCUUCAGACUUUGGUUUCUCAUCUUCAGAAAUCUCCCGAUCUCCUAAUUUAUCAUGAGUUGAUGCAGACUCCGGGUAAGAAUUGGUGCAAUGAAUCAUUGGAUGGUGGUUGUGAAUACAUGUGUCUCCCUGCACCUCGAUAGGGGGAUAGUUCCAAUUCUCCAAAAACCCAUUCUUGUAUAGUGUGUCACAGAGAGAAUGCAAAAAGUGGAGUGAUGGGCGAACCGGUUCUGGUCGAAUAG